AUGUCUUCCUCAUCCUUCACCUCCGGAAAUUAUUACAGACGACGUAGGAAUACGGAAAGAGGAACGCCGAAAGAGUGUUGGUGUGGUGCACCAUCUGACAUUUUUACAUCUGGAAGCGAAACAAAUCCAGGAAGAUUGUACUAUUGCUGUGCAAAAGGAUAUCAUAAGAGUCAUUUAUUCAAAUGGGCGGAUGAGUGCUUGGUGGAAGAGGUUGAAGAUAUUAAGGCAGUGAUAAAUGGCAUGAAUAGAGACAUCUCGGAGUUGCGAGUUAACGUUGCUCGGUUGGCGAAUGGAGUAAAGACAGAAUCUGAGAGAAAAGGAGGCGAAUGUUUGAGUGAGAGUCGGUGUUUGAGGAAUGUGGUUGUUUGUGUGGCUGGAAUGGCGAUACUUUGCUACUACUACUUCUCUGUUUAG